AUGGCUAGAAAAGUGCGUGAUACUGACGAAAUACAAAGACUUCUAGAAAGAUCAGAGCUCCAGGAUUCUGAUUCAGAUAACGGUUAUGCCGACAGCAGUGAUGAACCGGACUCCAGCGAGUUCCAUCAGACAGACUGUGUGGGUACGCUUCGUAUAAAUAGAAAGCAUAUUCCGGCAGUCGUAAGUGAAAAGAAACUGAAGAAGGGGGAGAUUAUUGCUCGCCACGAUGGUGAUAUCACUGUUAUGAAAUGGUACGACAAGAAGAAUGUUACAAUGAUUUCAACUUUCCAUGAUGCUUCAAUGGAUGUUGUCACUAAGAGAGGAAAGGAGAAAGAGAAGCCAAAGUGUAUUUUAGAGUACAAUAAGUAUAUGGGUGGAGUUGAUCUUCAUGACCAGUUGAUGCAGCCAUUUCUUCUAGAGCGUAAGAAAUCUAAUAAAUGGUACAUAAAACUGUUCAAAAGAUUUUUGAAUUCGUCAGUUGUCAAUGCCUACAUUAUUUACCAGAAAAGAACAGGGACGAAUGUUGGUCAAUUAGACUUCAGGACAGAGCUCAUCAAUGAGAUUCUGAUAAAGUACAAUGCUGGGAGGGGUCAGACAAAUCGUCCGGAUCCAACAGAUUUGAGACGACUCAGUGGACGACAUUUCAUCAGGAAAAUCCCCAAGACUCAUAUAGAGAAGACACUUCAAAGAAGAUGUAUCGUCUGUACUAAGCAUGGCCGUAAAAAGACCUCAGUGUACUGGUGUGAAGAGUGUAAUAUUGGUCUCUGUGUAGAUGGGUGUUUCGAAGCUUAUCACACCAAAGAAUAUUAUUGA